CUAUGACCACUUUACUCUUGAUUUUUGUGACUCUGAGGGUCAUCACUGCAGCCGUCUCAGAAGAAGUUUCAGAGCAUGACAACUCCCUGAGUGUGAGCAUCCCCCAACCGUCCCCACUGAGGGUCCUCCUGGGGACCUCCCUCACCAUCCCCUGCUAUUUCAUCGACCCCAUGCAUCCUGUGACCACCGCCCCCUCCACUGCUCCCCUGGCCCCAAGAAUCAAGUGGAGCCGUGUUUCCAAGGAAAAGGAGGUGGUACUGCUGGUGGCCACCGAAGGGCAUGUGCGCGUCAAUAGUGCCUACCAAGACAAGGUCUCACUGCCCAAUUACCCAGCCAUCCCCAGCGACGCCUCCUUGGAGAUCCAGAACCUGCGCUCCAAUGACUCCGGGAUCUAUCGCUGUGAGGUGAUGCAUGGCAUCGAGGACAGUGAGGCCACCCUGGAGGUUGUGGUGAAAGGCAUCGUGUUCCACUACAGAGCCAUCUCCACACGAUACACCCUGGACUUCGAUAGGGCGCAGCGGGCCUGCCUGCAGAACAGUGCCAUCAUCGCCACGCCUGAGCAGCUGCAGGCUGCCUAUGAGGACGGCUUCCACCAGUGUGACGCUGGCUGGCUGGCUGACCAGACCGUGAGGUACCCCAUUCACACCCCCCGGGAAGGCUGCUAUGGAGACAAGGAUGAGUUUCCAGGUGUGAGAACCUAUGGCAUCCGAGACACCAAUGAGACCUACGAUGUGUACUGCUUCGCCGAGGAGAUGGAGGGUGAGGUCUUUUAUGCAACGUCUCCAGAGAAGUUCACCUUCCAGGAGGCGGCCAACGAGUGCAAGCGACUGGGCGCCCGGCUAGCCACCACCGGCCAGCUCUACCUGGCCUGGCAGGGUGGCAUGGACAUGUGCAGCGCCGGCUGGUUGGCCGACCGUAGCGUGCGCUACCCUAUCUCCAAGGCCCGACCCAACUGCGGUGGCAACCUCCUGGGCGUGAGGACCGUCUACCUACACGCCAAUCAGACCGGCUACCCCGACCCCUCAUCCCGAUACGACGCCAUCUGCUACACAGGUGAAGACUUUGUGGACAUCCCAGAAAAUUUCUUCGGAGUGGGUGGUGAGGAAGACAUCACUGUCCGGACAGUGACCUGGCCUGAAGUGGAACUGCCCCUGCCCCAAAACAUCACGGAGGGAGAAGCCCGAGGCAACGUGAUCCUCACUGUAAAGCCCAUCCUGGACAUCUCCCCCACUGUCCUGGAACCCGAGGAACCCUUCACAUUUGCCCCUGAUGUGGGAGCCACUGCCUUCCCCGAGGCUGAGAACAGGACUGGAGAGGCCACCAGGCCUUGGGGCUUUCCUGAGGAGUCUACACCUGGGCUGGGCUCUGUCACAGCCUUCACCAGCGAGGAUUUGGUGGUGCAGGUGACUGUUGCUCCUGGUGAAGCCGCAGUCCCUGGGCAGCCCCGUUUGCCAGGGGGGGUCGUGUUCCACUACCGCCCCGGAUCUACCCGAUACUCACUGACCUUUGAGGAGGCGCAGCAGGCCUGCCUGCGCACGGGGGCAGUCAUGGCCUCGCCUGAGCAGCUCCAGGCCGCCUAUGAGGCAGGCUACGAACAAUGUGACGCCGGCUGGCUGCAGGACCAGACCGUCAGAUACCCCAUUGUGAGCCCACGGACCCCGUGUGUGGGCGACAAGGACAGCAGCCCUGGGGUCAGGAGCUACGGUGUGCGCCCAUCAUCAGAAACCUAUGAUGUUUACUGCUACGUGGACAAGCUCGAGGGGGAGGUAUUCUUCGCCACGCGCCUGGAGCAGUUCACCUUCCAGGAGGCCCUGGAGUACUGCGAGUCGCGCAACGCCACACUCGCCUCCACCGGCCAGCUCUACGCUGCCUGGAGCCGAGGACUGGACAAGUGCUACGCCGGCUGGCUGGCAGACGGCAGCCUCCGCUACCCCAUCGUCACCCCUCGGCCCGCCUGCGGCGGGGACAAGCCAGGUGUGAGAACCGUCUACCUCUAUCCAAACCAGACGGGCCUCCCAGACCCGCUGUCCCGGCACCACGCUUUCUGCUUCCAAGGUGCAUCAGUGGCAACCUCUCCAGGAGAAGAGGAAGUUGGCACCCCCACAGCACCCAUUGACGUGGAAGAAUGGAUCGCUACCCAAGUAGGACCUGGUGUGGCUGCUGUCCCUGAGGGGGAAGAGACAACUGCAGUCCCAGACUUUACCACUGAGCCAGAAAAUCAGACAGAAUGGGAACAAGCCUACACCCCAGUGGGCACGUCCCCACUGCCAGGGAUCCCUCCCACAUGGCCUCCCCCUAGUUUGGCAACAGAGGAAGGCACAGAAGGCCCUUCCACAACUGCAGUGCCCUCUGUCCCAGAAGAGCCUUCCACCUCAGAGGAGACCUACACACCUUCCCAAGUUGUGCCAAGUGGAAUGGAGCUGCCAGGCUCUGGAGAGGUAUCUGGAGCCCCUGACAUCAGUGGUGACUUCACAGGCAGUGGAGAAGCUUCAGGACGCCUUGACUCCAGUGGGCAGCCCUCAGGGGUCAGUGCAAGUGGACUACCCUCUGGAGAUCUUGAUUCGAGUGGUAUCACCUCCACAGUGGACUCAGGCCUGCCUGUGGGAAGUGGACUGGCCUCAGGAGAUGAAGAUAGAAUUGAGUGGCCUACCACUCCUAAGGUUGGGCUACCCUCUGGAGGUGAGGACUUAGAGGGCUCUGCCUCUGGAAUAGGGGACCUCAGCAGGCUUCCUUCUGGAGGGGAAGUUCUAGAGACUUCUGCCUCUGGAGUAGGGGAUCUCAGUGGACUUCCUACUGGAAGUGAAGGUCUAGAGACUUCUACCUCUGGAGUGGAGGACCUCAGUGGGCUUCCUACUGGAAGUGAAGGUCUAGAGACUUCUACCUCUGGAGUGGAGGACCUUAGUGGGAUUCCCACUGGAAGAGAAGGUCUAGAGACUUCUACCUCUGGAGUGGAGGACCUCAGUGGACUUCCUACAGGAAGUGAAGGUCUAGAGGCUUCUACCUCUGGAGUAGAGGACCUCAGUGGGCUUCCUACUGGAAGUGAAGGUCUGGAGGCUUCUACCUCUGGAGUAGAGGACCUCAGUGGGCUUCCUACUGGAAGUGAAGGUCUAGAGACUUCUACCUCUGGAGUGGAGGACCUCAGUAGGAUUCCUACUGAAAAAGAAGGUCUAGAGACUUCUGCCUCUGGAGCAGAGGACAUCAGUGGACUUCCCUCAGGAGGAGAAGGUCUAGAGACUUCUGCCUCUGGAGUAGAGGUCAGUGUACUUCCUACUGAAAGAGAAGGCCUAGAAACUUCUGCCUCUGGAGUAGAGGACCUCAGUGGGCUUCCUACUGAAAAAGAAGGUCUAGAAACUUCUGCCUCUGGAAUAGAGGACCUCAGUGGAAUUCCUAUUGAAAAAGAAGAUCUAGAGACCUCUGCCUCUGGAGUAGAGGACAUCAGUGGACUUCCUUCUGGAGGGAAAGGUCUGGAGACUUCUGCCUCUGGAGAAGGAGAUGUCAGUAGGUUUUCUUCUGGAGGAGAAGGUCUAGAGACCUCUGCCUCUGGAGUAGGGGAUAUCAGCGGGCUUCCUUCUGGAAGAGAAAGUCUAGAGACCUCUGCCUCUGGAGUAGAGGACAUCAGUGGGCUUCCUUCUGGAGGAGAAGUUUUAGAGACUUCUGCCUCUGGAGUGGAGGAUGUCGGUGGGCUUCCUACUGGAAGAGAAGGUCUAGACACUUCUGCCUCUGGUAUAGAGGAUGAUCUUAGUGGUGGACUUCCUUCUGGAAGGGAAGAUCUAGAGACCUCUGUUUCUGGAGUAGGAGAAGACCUCAGUGGACUUCCUUCUGGAAGAGAGGAAGUAGAGACCUCUGUUUCUGGAGUAGGAGAUGACCUCAGUGAACUUCCUUCUGGAAGAGAAGGUGUAGAAAUUUCUGCUUCUGGAGUAGGAGAAGACCUCAGUGGACUUCCUUCUGGAAGGGAAGGUCUAGAGACUUCAGCUUCUGGAGCUGAAGCAACUUCAGGAAGUUUACCUUCUGGAACAGAAGACUUAGUGGGGUCUGCUUCUGGAACCAUGGAUUUUGAGAAGCUGCCUUCUGGAACUGUAGGAAGUGGACAGGCUCCAGAAGCAAGUGGUCUUCCCUCUGGAUUUAGUGGUGAGUAUUCUGGAGUGGACCUUGGAAGUGGCCCAUCCUCUGGCCUGCCUGAGUUUAGUGGACUUCCAUCUGGGUUUCCAACUGUAUCCCUAGUGGACACUACAUUGGUAGAAGUGGUCACAGCCUCCACUGCAAGUGAACUGGAAGGGAGGGGAACCAUUGGCAUUAGUGGUGCAGGAGAAACAUCUGGGCUGCCCUUCAGUGAAUUGGACAUUAGCGGGGGUGCUAGUGGACUCCCUUCAGGAAUUGAACUUAGUGGCCAGACAUCUGGGUCUCCUGACAUCAGUGGGGAAACAUCUGGAUUCUUUGGUGUCAGUGGGCAGCCAUCAGGGUUUCCUUACAUCAGUGGGGAAACAUCUGGAGUAACUGAGCUUAGCGGACUGUCCUCUGGACAACCAGAUGUCAGUGGAGAAGCAUCUGGAGUUCUUUUUGGCAGCAUCCCACCAUUUGGCAUAACUGACCAGAGUGGAGAAACAUCCGGGGUUCCUGAUCUCAGUGGGCAGUCAUCAGGGAUAACACCCAGAAUUCCAGACCUGGUUUCUGGUGCCAUGAGUGGCAGUGGGGAAUCUUCUGGCAUUACAUUUGUGGACACCAGUUUGGUUGAAGUGACCCCUACUACAUUUAAAGAAGAAGAAGGCUUAGGGUCAGUGGAACUCAGUGGUCUCCCUUCCGGGGAGACAGAUCUGUCAGGCACAUCUGGGGUAGUGGAUGUCAGUGGACAGUCUUCUGGAAUAAUCGAUUCUAGUGGGUUUACAUCCCAGACUCCAGAACUCAGUGGCCUACCAAGUGGAGUAACUGAGGUCAGUGGAGAAUCUUCUGGAGCUGAGAUUGGGAGCAACCUGCCCUCGGGAGCAUAUGAUGGCAGUGGACUUCCAUCAGGUUUCCCGACUGUCUCUCUCAUAGACAGAACUUUGGUGGAAUCUGUAACCCAGGCUCCAACAGCCCAAGAAGCUGGAGAAGGGCCUUCAGGCAUUUUGGAACUCAGUGGUGCCCAUUCUGGAGCACCAGACAUGUCUGGAGAUCAUUCUGGAUCUUUGGACUUAAGUGGACUGCAAUCUGGGCUAGUAGAACCCAGUGGAGAGCCAUCAAGUACUCCAUAUUUUAGUGGGGACUUUUCCAGCAUCACUGAUGUAAGUGGAGAAUCCUCUGCAGACACAAGCACUAGAGGAGAGGCCUCAGGACUUCCAGAAGUUACUUUAAUCACUUCAGAGUUCGUGGAGGGUAUAACUGAACCAACUGUUGUUUCCCAGGAACUCGGCCAAAGAUCCUCUGUGACAUACACACCCCAGCUUUUUGAGGCCAGUGGGGAAGCCUCUGCCUCUGGGGACAUUAGUGGGGCUACGCCAACAUUCCCCAGUUCUGGAGCAGAAGCAUCAUCAGUCCCAGAAGCCAGCAGUGAAUUGUCUGCCUAUCCUGAGACUGAAGUGGGGACAUCUACUGCCCCCGAAGUCAGUGGAGAGGCCAGUGGAGAGGUGUCUGGGUCCUCCACUCUGCAGGAAACCACCUCUACUUUGCACGAAGCUGACCUCGAGAGAGCCUCCGACCUAGGGGUGAGCGGCAGACCUUGGACUUUUCAGGAAGGCUCCAGGGAGGGGUCUGCUGCCCCUGAAGUGACUGGAGAGUCAACCACCACCUAUAAUGUAGGCACAGAGGCAUCCAGCAUGCCUUCGGUCACUCCUGUGGCUUCUGGAGACAGGACUGAAGUCAGUGGAGACCUAUCUGGUCAUACCUCAGGGCUGGAUAUUGUCAUCAGCACCAGCAUCCCAGAAUCUGAAUGGAACCAGCAGACCCAACGCCCUGCAGAGGCACAUCUAGAAAUUGAGUCCUCAAGUCCCUUGUACUCUGGAGAAGAGACCCAAACAGCUGGAACAGCCGCCUCACCAACAGAUGCUUCCAUCCCAGCUUCUCCAGAGGGAUCAGGUGAAGCCGAGUCUACCAUUUCAGCCCCUGCCAGGUCCUGUGCAGAGGAGCCCUGUGGCGUUGGAACCUGCCAGGAGACAGAGGGACGUAUCAUAUGUCUUUGCCCCCCUGGCCACACUGGCGAGCACUGUGACAUAGACAUUGAUGAGUGCCUCUCAAGCCCUUGUCUGAAUGGAGCCACCUGCGUGGAUGCCAUCGACUCUUUCACAUGCUUAUGCCUUCCCAGCUACGGAGGGGACCUGUGUGAGAUCGACCAGGAGGUAUGCGAGGAGGGCUGGACCAAGUUCCAGGGACACUGUUACCGCCACUUCCCCGACCGUGAGACCUGGGUGGAUGCCGAGAGACGGUGUCGAGAGCAUCAAGCACACCUGAGCAGCAUUGUCACCCCUGAGGAGCAGGAGUUUGUCAACAAAAAUGCUCAAGACUACCAGUGGGUCGGCCUGAAUGACAGGACCAUCGAAGGGGACUUCCGUUGGUCAGAUGGACACCCCUUGCAAUUUGAGAAAUGGCGUCCCAACCAGCCUGACAACUUCUUUGCCACUGGAGAGGACUGCGUGGUGAUGAUUUGGCAUGAGAAGGGCGAGUGGAAUGACGUCCCCUGCAAUUACCACCUGCCCUUCACAUGUAAAAAGGGCACAGUGGCCUGCGGUGACCCCCCCGUGGUGGAGCAUGCCAGGACCUUUGGACAGAAGAAGGACCGAUAUGAAAUCAAUUCCCUGGUGCGAUACCAGUGCACAGAGGGCUUUGUCCAGCGCCACGUGCCCACCAUCCGGUGCCAGCCCAGCGGGCAUUGGGAGGAGCCUCGGAUCACCUGCACAGACCCCACCACCUACAAGCGCAGACUACAGAGACGGAGCUCACGGCCCCCGAGGAGGAGCCACCCCAGCACAGCCCACUGAGGGGAGCUUCCAGGACGCGCCCAGGAUGCUGAGCCCAGGAGCCUGGCAGGCAGACAGUGCAUCCCAUCCAGAUGGUGUUCUCUUGUCACUUUUUGUCAUAUAAGGAAUCCCAUUAAAGGAAAAAAAAAUGAAUCCCACAUUGUGUAUGCACCCACCCCCACCCCAUCCCCAAAUCACCAAAACCUCAUCCAAUUUGUCCCCCAAAUGCCAAAGCAAAGCAGACUUAUUGUAACCCACGGACUGAGUUUAGAGACAUUUCUUCAGUCUCCCAUCGUGCCUUUCCAGGGACCAGAGCAGGGACAGGGGGAGAAGGGAAGGGGUUAAGUUAAAUAAAGAAGAUUAUUUUUUGUUUCCUCACUUUACCCAAGAGCAGUACAAUCGUUGGUUAUUUCACCU